AUGCCCCUGAGCGAUUUUCCCUCGUUGACCACGAUCAUGACCUUAGCCGUCUCCAGAAUUGGUACAGGAAAGGGUUAUUCAGCUCCUCAAGGCUCGGAGGUUCAGGUUUUCGAUACAAGAACCACGCUCUAUGAGAGCGGCGGAUGGCACGAACUCGAAUGGGUCUCUCCUGAGAUGAGGCAUCGGAUGUUUCGUGUAUGGAAAAAACAUCUUCAGGGAGGCGAUAAUGCCGAAGAUGCCUGGCUUGGCCUUCUACUGCUUAGAGUUACAAAUCUACUGCGACUUUCUUUGCCAUUUCAAGAUGAGAGGUGUAAUUUCCCCUACAACCUCGAGCAAACGCCUUAUUUCGACCGUGUUAUCGAAUGGGCAGGAGACCGGAAGCUGAAGAUCCUUGCACAUUUGACCCAUGUUUCCAUCAAACCAGCCCCGUGGAGAGUGGAAUAG